GUGGUCAUAGUGUGGCCCCGCCCCCUCCCAGCACCUCCACGGGCGCCGCCUCCGACACCCCUUCAGUGGGAGGGUCCUGCCCCUGAUCACAGACCCCAGCGUGGACCCCGAGACCGGCACCGGGGCAGUGAAGGUGACCCCGGGUCACAGUGCCCCUGACCUGGCCCUGGCCCGUGCCCACGGGCUGCCCCUGCUCUCGGUCAUCAGCGACGACGGGACCCUCAACCCCCCGGGGGGGGGGUGGCUGCAGGGUGUCCCCAGGUUCGUGGCCCGGGAUCAGGUGGUGGCAGCUCUGGCCCAGCGGGGGCUGUUCCGGGGGGUCCAGGACCACGCCAUGACCCUCCCCCUCUGCAGCCGCAGUGGGGACGUGGUGGAGCAGCUCCUGAGGCCCCAGUGGUUCCUGAGCUGUGGGGGGAUGGCCCAGCAGGCCCUGCAGGCGGUGACAUCGGGGAGGCUCCGCCUGGUCCCCAAAUUCCACGAGAAAAACUGGAAAACCUGGAUGGAGAACGUGGGGGACUGGUGCCUGUCCCGGCAGCUCUGGUGGGGUCACCAAAUCCCCGCCUACCAAGUGCUGGGGGAGGGUCCUGGGGGUCCUGGGGGGCCCGGGGACCCCCCCCAGGAGGGUCCCUGGUUUGUGGGGCGCAGUGAGGACGAGGCCAGGGCGGCGGCGGCCGAGGGGCUGCGGAGACCCCCCGAGAGCAUCGUCCUCAGGAGGGACCCCGAUGUUUUGGACACCUGGUUCUCCUCCGCCCUGUUCCCCUUUGCUGCUCUGGGAUGGCCCCAACAGACCCCCGACCUGCGCCGGUUCUUCCCGUCCUCGCUGCUGGUGACAGGCAGUGACCUCCUGUUCUUCUGGGUGGCCCGGAUGGUCAUGCUGGGCCAGCAGCUCACCGGACACCUGCCCUUCCAGCAGGUCCUGCUGCACUCUCUGGUCCGGGAUUCCCGGGGCCGGAAAAUGAGCAAAUCCCUCGGGAACGUCGUUGACCCCCGGGAUGUCAUCGAGGGGGCCACACUCCAGGAGCUGCAGGAGAAGCUGCGGAGCCGCGUCCUCGAUCCCCACGAGCUGCGGGCGGCCACCCAGGGGCAG